AUGCAAAAGAUCGAGAGCGUCUGUGGAAAGGGAAUCUUUGACUUGAAUGAGACCACCGAGAAGCUGUACCUUCGCCUCAUGGAAGCCAAGAUCGGAAAAGGAGUCAAGCUGAAUCGUGUCUCUUUAGGCGAAUGUGACCUUUUGGAUAUCCGGGACGGAGCAGCACUCGAUAAGUGCGUCUGCCGACCAUUCGCUGCUGAAGGCAAUAUAUCCAUGUACCUGGGGCGCAUCGUCAUCGGCGAGAAUGCCCUCGUCAGUGUUGCCUCCAUCGUCGCUGCCGGAACGGAAGUGCUACCCAACACCUGCAUCGGUCCCAACACCUCCAAUUGGGAACUUGGGGAUGCUGACGAGAACAACCGUGACCUGGCGUCUUCCGCAGCAGCCAAGCCUCAUUGGCUACUCACGCUCCUGUUUACUUGCCCGCUUGGUGUUGCCACGUGGUUCCUCUCUCGUUCCCUGGAUGCUCGGUCUCUUGGCAACGAUACGCGAAUUGUGUACCACUACUUCUCUCUCAUUCUGGGGACUUUUUGUGCGCCAUAUAUUUUCUUCGGUUUUAUGAUUGUCAUCAAGUUUAUCCUGGAUCUCAUCUUUGAGGAUCUUCCCCGAGGAUCAAGCAAGUCCAUGGGAACCGUUAAUACCUGGCUAGCAGGUCUCAUCGAGACACUGCUCCCGGCCCCUCGUCUUCACUCCAUGACCGAACUGUUCGGUCAGCACUACGAAGCAACAUCUACAGCUGUUCGAAUGCUUGUUGGUAAGGUUGGCAGGCGAGUCUACUGGCUAGGCACUGGUCCCGCCAUUAGAUACUAUCACCUUUUGGAUAUCGGAAACGACGUGGUGUUCGGCUCGAGGUCGCACCUGAUCACCUCUGAUGGAUAUUGGUCCGAACAGGUCAAGAUUGGAGAUGGUGCAAUGACUGCGGACCGUGUUUGCCUGCUUCCUGGCGUAAGCAUAGGUGAAGGUGCCAUCAUGGGAUCCGGUACAGCAACACACCGAGGAAAAUCUUACGACGCAUACGGGACAUACAUUGGCUCCAAGGGCGGCGACGCUGUCUGCUUAUCAACCGGUGGCACCGUGGAACGUGAGAAGAACCGCUUGGACCCGAAGACGCCGGAGAAGCAGAGAGUGUCUUUGGACAUGUCUUCCACUUCUGAGAGCAACUCAACCUCGCCGUUCGGACAUGUCUUCUACAUGAAGCAGGCACCCUACCAUGUCAUGGGCCCCUGGGCCAUCUUCGGUUACUCGGCGUUUAUCAUCGAGAAGCUUCGUCGAAACUGCUACGGUGGCCAGGGCAUCCUAGGUCUCUUGAUCGGAAACCAUUGGGUUGUAUUGUACUUCAAAGCACUUGGAGCCGAUAUUGGAGACAACUGUGCGCUCUUUUCUAAUGGCAGGCCCAGCCGACUCCUCAGCGGUGCCAGGAUGAAUAAUGACAGCUGCUUGCUUGAGCACACACUCAUCAUGGGAGGCGAUACCGUCGAGGAGAAGUGGACGAUGCAGGGGUGGCCCGCCGAGAGGUGUACUGGCUCGCGAGUCAAAAAUUAG